AUGGCCAAAUCAUUAAGAUCGAAAUCUAAGCUACAAGCAAAGUCGGUUAAACGUAAAGGUGAAUUUGCUAAAUAUGUAGAUGCAAGAAGUAAAAGAAUAGCUGAGAAGUUGGCUGGGGAAACCAAGGCACAGGAGGCAAAGAAGGAAAAGAAGGAAAAUAAAGAAAAGGAAAACGAGUCCAUGGAUGUGGAUACAAACGUCGUUGCAGAUCUGAAUCUGAAUGAGAAACCCAAAGUAAGUACAUCGGGAUGGAGAGCUUCAAACUCGCAGAGGUAUAAACAGAGCAAACUCAAAAAUAAGGUAAAGAAAAAGACCAUGAAAUUUUAA